AUGAAUGGCGAGGAGCAGUACUACGCGGCCACGCAGCUGUACAAGGACCCUUGCGCGUUCCAGCGGGGCCCGGCGCCAGAGUUCAGCGCCAGCCCCCCUGCGUGCCUCUACAUGGGCCGCCAGCCCCCGCCGCUGCCGCCGCCGCCUCCAUUCCCCGGCGCCCUGGGCGCGCUGGAGCAGGGCAGCCCCCCGGACAUCUCCCCGUACGAGGUGCCCCCGCUCGCCGAAGACCCCGCGGUGGCGCACCUCCACCACCACCUCCCGGCUCAGCUCGCGCUCCCCCGCCCGCCGGCCGGGCCCUUCCCGGAUGGAGCUGAGCCGGGCGCCCUGGAGGAGCCCUGCCGUGUCCAGCUGCCUUUCCCGUGGAUGAAGUCUACCAAGGCUCACGCGUGGAAAGGCCAGUGGGCAGGCGGUGCCUACGCAGCGGAGCCGGAGGAGAACAAGCGGACGCGCACCGCUUACACUCGCGCGCAGCUGCUGGAGCUGGAGAAGGAGUUCCUGUUCAACAAAUACAUCUCCAGGCCGCGCCGGGUGGAGCUGGCCGUCAUGCUGAACUUGACCGAGAGACACAUCAAGAUCUGGUUCCAAAACCGCCGGAUGAAGUGGAAAAAGGAGGAGGACAAGAAGCGCAGCGGCGGCACCGUGGCCGCGGGCGGCAGGGACGCGGAGCCCGAGCAGGACUGCGCAGUGACCUCGGGCGAGGAGCUGCUGGCGCUGCCGCCCCCGCCGCCCCCCGGGGGUGCUGUGCCACCCGCGGUCCCCGCCGCCGCCCGAGAGGGCCGCCUGCCGCCUGGCCUUAGCGCGUCGCCUCAGCCUUCCAGUGUGGCGCCUCUGCGACCGCCAGAAUCUCGGUGA